GGGAGGGGGAGUGAACCUCUGGAGAGUUUGAUUGAUUCUUUUGCUGACUGGCGACUCUCUGACCCACCUGUCCAUACUGACAGUCCGAAAAUGGCCCAGCUUACUUCAACGCAAUGGCGGGCCUUGUUAGAUGCAGCCAGUGAUGUUGAGAAACCUUAUCUGCAAGCACUCUUGGAUAGUGCAAUCAAAAGAGAACAGGAGUCAGAGAAGGAGAGGAAGGAGACCCUGCUAAAAAGGCAAGUGGCUCUCUUAGAGACUGUCCCCUCACUGACUGAAGAGCAGUGUGGGGAACAGUUGCAGUCCAUCCUUACAGCCUUUGUUCAAGUCAGGAAUCUUGAGGACCAUACCACUCAGAUCGCUGAAGUCUUUGCAAAGUUGCAGACACUUCAAGAUGAUAUGACUGAAAUGACCCGCAAGCAACAUGAAUUGACAAAGGAGGUGGCUGACCUGCGACAAGCCCAAGUGGCCAACCCUCAUCCUCUACCCCCUGGAUCUGAAGCUGCAAUCGAAACAACCUCUUCCCCUCUCACUGUAUCUUCUUCUACCUCUUCUUCGAGUGUGAUGGCAACCCCCUCAGGACCUGCAGCAGGUGCAGAUUCCGCUGUUGUUGUAACAAGCAAUGAGGCUGGAACUUCUGCAACUGCUGCAGCCCCAAGAGUGGAACCAACUGUUGCUGGUCCCAGCUACACCGGUUCCUAUGUUGACCGAAAGGCAGUACAAAUGUCGUCUAAGUACGACAGCAAGGAAGACAUCGAGUCCUGGAUCGGCUCCAUGAGGGCCGACUUUGAGAUUCUGGGAACUCAACCUGAGAACCAGGUAAUGAUCAUGGGAAUGAAUGUCGAGCCGGUCGUACAGGGCUUCCUAGAAGUCCAACCAACGCGGGCUGGGUUCCAAAAGACUGCACUAGCCAAAUGGCUUAGAACCACCCUGGUUGCCUCCCUCGAGGAUCUCCUCAUCUCCCAAUACCAAGAUCCACAUGCUGCAACAAGGGCAAGAAAUCAGCUUGACAAGGUCGAGCGCAGCAAGUGGACAGGCUCCAUGAAAAGCUUGCAGACCUAUCUAAGCAAGUUGUUUGCUACACCUAGUUUGGAAUUGACGGCUCAGUCUUGCUUGGAUGUGGUUAAGGGCGCGGUUCCAACUAACUUCACUAAUCGCCUGGGCAGGGACUACAUUGCAUACACGGAUUGGUUGGUCCUAAUGAAGGACAUCGUCAGUUUGGAGGCUAUAGACCUCGUUAGCACGACAGGCAGCAAAAAGCCCAUGGGCGGCAGACGGUUCAAGAGCAGCAGCCGUUUUGUUGUGCAUGACCUGCUGGAGGCCGAAGAAGAAGCCGAUGCGGAUGACCCCACUCUUGGUGACGACCAAGAACACGACUUCGAUACAGCUUGCGGGUGCAAGGUCUUCUACAAGAUCGAUCUCAAGUCUGGCUACCACCAGAUUGAAGUCGAUCCUGCAGACCAGGACAAGACUGCGUUCAAAACACGCGACGGGCUUUCGGUCUUACGAACGCACCAGCCACUUUCCUUCGGUCUUACGAACGCACCAGCCACUUUCCAAAGCCUCAUGGACAAGGUCCUCUGCGAACAGAUUGGCCGGUUUAUGGUUGUGUACCUGAACGAUAUUCUGAUAUUCAGCAAGUCCAUGGAGGAACACCUCAAGCAUCUUGAGGAGGUGCUCGCUAUCCUCAAGAAGACGCAGCUCCAUCUCAACUUGGAGAAAUCUGAGUUUGGGAAGGAUAGCGUCAUCUAUCUUGGGCACCAGUUGUCUGCUGCACGCCUAGAGCCUGAGGCAACCAAGAUUGAGGUCAUACGUGAUUGGCCUCAGCUUGCGAACAUUCGCGAAUUGCGUUCUUUCCUUGGUCUCGCGUCGUACUAUCGGAAGUUUGUACCCCGCUUCUCCAUCAUUGCUCGUCCACUGUCGCGACUAACCAGUAAAAAUGUGUCUUAUUCCUGGGAUGCCGCGUGUACGAAAGCUUUUCGAACUCUCAAGGAAGCGUUGGUAAGUUACCUAGUACUCCGCAUUGCAGAUCCGAAACUGACAUUCGUAGUUACUACGGAUGCAAGUCAGUAUGGAAUCGGUGCAAUGCUGCAACAAGAUGACGGCGAUGGCCUGCGACCACUCGAGUACUACAGCAAACGAAUGCCCAGCGUAAAGGUAGCCACUUCCACCUACAUGCGCGAGCUCUAUGCUUUGCGUAUGGCAUUGGAUCACUGGAAACAUUAUCUUUUGGGACGCCACUUCAAAGUCUUCUCAGAUCAUGAGACCUUGAAGUGGAUCAAACAGCAAACUACUCUGAGCGGGCACUUCGGCAUGGCAAAAACGUACGCUAAUUUGCUGAGACAGUUUGAUUGGCCUGGCAUGAAAGGGACUGCUGAAAAGUUUGUUGCUGAGUGUCAAGUCUGUCAACGGAUCAAACCAUGCAGACAAAAGCCCAUGGGGCUACUCACACCUCUACCCAUUCCCGAUGGUCCCGGGGAGUCUGACUCCAUCGACUUCACUGACAUGCGUAAGGUAAGCAAAAACAGUUAUUCGCAAGUCAUGGUGAUUGUUGACAGAUUUUCAAAAUUCCUUAAUCUGAUCCCUUUGCCGCCUCACGCCCCAACAGAUCUAGUGAUUCGCGAAUUCCAACAGAAAUGCCUGCUGCAAUUCGGAACCCCGAAGACUCUUGUGAACGAUCGGGAUCUGCGUUUCAUUAGCACUGGAUGGAAGGAUUUCACGUCCCACCUAGGAAUCAAACAGUGCACGACAUCUGGCCGACACCCCGAAGCCAACGGUUUGGCUGAGGAGAUGAACCAGACUGUAUUCCAACUUCUCAGCGCAUUGAUCAUUCCGGCUCAGGAGACAUGGGAUGAAGAGCUGUAUUCUGUCAAGGGGUUGUAUAACAACUCUGUCCAUUCUGCCACCACCAUGACACCCAACAGGUUGCACUACGGUUGGCAGAUCCGUAAUCCGCUCCUACUUAUUCCCUGAGAAGUCAGCUGGCUUAACACCCGGCAGGCCCGGCUUCAAGGCUAAGUAUGAUCGCUUGCUCAAAGUUGCUGUUGCAGCUAUGACCAAGCGACAGCAUGCCAUGAUCCACCAUACAACAAAAAGCGCCGACCGUC